CGCGAGAGUGCGCUGCCCGCUCGCGCAGGCCGCGCGGGCACGAGGAGCACGGCCGCCGAUGCUGUCUCGCACGAUGAGCAGCAGCAUGGCUGCGCUGCGCGGCGCUGCUCGGCCGAGGGGGCUCGCUCGUACCGGAGCCCUGGAUCGGGUGGCCGCCACGCCGCGGUGCCUCGACAGGCGCCACAGAGUAUCCGUCACGAGCCAGGGCAGUGCCCGUACCGAGCUGAUGAGCCACUUGCGCCGGGCGGAGAUCCAGGGCUGGAGCAAGGACGAGAUCCAGACCUAUUCGUGGGCCGACUUCGUCAGCCGCGACGAGGGCCUAAAGGCUAUAGGCAAGGACAACAAGCUCAUGCCCGACGUCGAUGAGAUCUACUACAACUCGCCAACCGGUAUACUGUACCAGCGGGCCAUCGCGCACGAGCCUGGCAGCUGCAUCGUAUCCUCUGGGGCGCUGGCAGUGCGUAGCGGCGUCAAGACUGGCCACGGGCGCGUGGUCCUGGAGGAGGACUCGAAUGACGACGUGUGGGGGGGCAAGGUGGACAUGCUGUUGCCAGAGGACGCCUUCUUGACCAGCCGUGAGCGCGCUCGGCGGGCUGUACGUGCUCGACGGCUUCGGCGGCUGGGACAAGCACUAUAG